AAAGUCGCGGAAUCUGUGCAUUAAAGGUCCAAAGUGUUUUAUAAAAUUUGUAUUUAAUGUGAAUUCAUCAAAUUUGCCACUAUUACAAAAACAUUUGUAAAAAAUAAGUAUCAUUUCAUCCGUUUAUAAUUGUUUUCCAAGUGCAAUUUGUUGGUCAAUUCAAUUGUGGCUUGGUGUUGGCCAAGAAUUUUCAGUCAGGAACCGGUUUCUGCGCUCCCACAAAUCCAGUGAUCAAAAGAGAGAAGUUAAGAGAGUUUUAGAGUAGGACGUGGAAAAGAAAAACAUAAACAAACCCAUUAGCAGAAUAAUAACAAGUGUUUGAAGGGAGACAUGGAAGCACGUGCAUCUCAGCUCGAAUGAUUUCAAUAUUUCGAAUACAAGACCUAUAGUUCCCAGUUAAUCAUGAGUCUGCCUCAGUUGAUCGAAGAUCUGCAGCGCCUUUCAGAGGAUCAGGAUAGUGCGGAUGUGGUAUUUAUUUGCGGAAGAGAUGAACGCAUCUAUGCCCACAGAUUAAUGCUAAUGGCUCGUUGCAAGAGUUUCAAGACUGCGAAGAGAGGUGAAGUGUGUCGAAUUCCGGGAUGCACCGUUUCUCCUGCAGCCCCAGGAGCUUCAACUCCAACUACGAUACGACUGCCCCACGUAAAUCCGGAACUGUUUAGGCAGUUUAUAUUGUACGUCUACACGGCAAAGUUGGUUCUUCAGGACUCCCAAGUAUUUCAAAUGAUGAUGAUGGCCCAGGAUAUGGGUGUGGUUGAGCUGCGCACGGCAUGCGAAGACCACGUUAUAUCCACUUUAUCCGUUGAUAAUGCCUGCACAUUUUUAACUGCCGUAAUGGACAUACACGAAAAAGCAGGUGCAAAAUGUGCUGCCUCGUUUAUGGAACGCUGCAUCAUCUUCAUAGGCGAAAAUGCCAACGAGUGUGUCAAGACUAAUGCGUUCCUCACCUUAACCAAGGAGGCCAUUAUCAAGAUCAUUUCAUCUGACUAUUUCUGCUUGGAGGAGGAGGAAGUGUGGCGCUGUGUUUUGUCCUGGGCCAAGUACCAGGCAGGAGUAACCCAACCAACUGCUCAUUGGACUGAGGAAGAGCGUGCUAGGGUCUGCCAGCAUUUAAGUGGUGUUAUGGGUCACGUACGUCUGCUUCUCAUCGAUAGCCAAGUUUUUGCGGAGGAAGUGGAACCCACAGGAGCUGUACCCAUGGAGCUAUCCCUAGAACGCUAUCGCUAUGCAGCUUUGCAUGCCAAUAAAAUGAUGGAUAAUGACAAAAGACUUCAGCCCCGCUUAACUGUAGCGCUCAACAUGUUUCCUGGUUCCCAAAUUCUGAAGAAUGACAACCUACCACUGCAGACUGUACUCAAUAAUUGGUGUGGGGUGCCCAAGCAAUCGUGGAGAUUGGUUUUUCGAGCAUCAACUCACGGCUUUGAUUCUGGCGCCUUUCAUCGUUAUUGUGACGGUGUGGCUCCCUGCAUGGUUAUUUGCUUGGGAUCGCACGGAGAGAUCAGUGGUGGCUAUACAGACGUGGCCUGGGCCAAAACGAGUCGAAAAGGUGGAUAUGUUCAAUCCGAGCGGGCCUUUCUUUUUGCUCUGAACCCUGCGAAUAGCGAACAACCAGCCAAGUUUGACAUUUUAAAGAAACCCUACGCGAUCUGCUAUCACCCAGAUUGCGGUCCCAUUUUCGGCGCUGGAGCGGAUCUCCUUAUUUCCAGCAACUGUAAUACCAACAUGGACUCCUAUUCGAAUCUUCCGCAUUCCUACGACGGAGCCAACGCUGCCCACCUGACACUCUUUGGAGACUACAACUUCACCAUCACCGACUAUGAGGUUUACACCCUAGCCUCGCCUGGUGGAAGUAGCACCAGUGGAACAAGUCACACCAGCAGUCACAACCAGAACUUAUCAGCAAAUGGCCAAGCUCCUGGGGUGCCCACAAAGGCGAAAUACGAUAGAUACUAAUAUUUGGAAGACCACUUGUAGUUGCACCAGCUAUGCUG